CACAUAUUGUUUUGCCUCAGUGCUGCCGCUCUUCGUUCUUGAUUCCUGUUGUUGUUGUGCUCGCAAAAAUCAUAAGCACUUGUAUAUGCUUGCGACUCUACUGACCGGUGUCAUGCUGUUUGGCACUAGUGGUAGGCUGACUGUGUUUGAUGGGCUUAAUAUGGUUGUUUUGUAGCACGAGUACAAGGUCGUCUAUCCAUGUGAAGAUGCUUCUGGUUUUGGAGAAGAUACUCUUUUUUCUUGAGCUUGUGCCGUUCUUGACAGGAGGAGAUAGUAUCAUCUAUAUAUUUACAAGGUAUUAUGCAGGAUGGCUGUCAUUGGAGAUGGUUCGUAUCUGUGUUGGUUCUGUGCGGCAUAUACGUGGAUACAUGGCUGUGACGGAUGGAUGGAUGCGGUGGCCAUAGUAGAAACGUUGCUAUACUUUGCUUUUUUUAAA